AUGCCAUAUAGUGACGACGAGGAACACUCACCGAGUGAAUUUUAUUAUCCCAAUGAUAUCUCGGAUGAAACAAAUGACCCAAAUGGUAGGCUUGAAGGCGAAAACGCCGAACAAAACAACACCAAAAACAGCCAAGAAAAAAUUGAAGAAUUUAUACACAACCAGAAAGCGAAAACCACAAUAACGAAAACGAAAAGCGACAUGAAGGUUUUCCAACGUUACCUGGAGACAGUUAACAAAGGUGAAAAACAAAUUGAGGACUUACCGAAAGCAGAACUUGACCACUUACUCUGCAAAUUUUUUAUCAAU